CCAUUUACGGUUCAUGAACUUGCUUCUAGUUAUCAACCAGCCCUAAGGGACCAUCUUAAGGCACGGUUCUUACCCGACCUGCGAGCACCCUUACUUGUUACUACGGUAGAGACUAGCAAGAGUUUUCGAAAAUCUCGGGAUGACUCUGGCCAUGUUUUAGUAACUCACAAACAAAAAAUUUCAAAUUUGAGGGGCAGAGAGAGAGGAAGAAGAGGAACCAUGAGCAAUGGAGAGGCCCCAGACCUCGUCUGCCAGCUCGAUGAUGUCCAAGGCAUUGUGGACGCCCUCACCUCUGUGAGAUGGAAGAAACACCAGGAUGCUUUGGUAGAGCUUUCUGAACAUGGCAUUGUUCUUGUGGUAGAGGAAUCUGGCUGCCUUCAAGCCAAAGUUUAUUUGAAGAAAGAUAUUUUCCAUUUGUAUGAAUAUGGUGCAGAAGAGCGCCCUAGAUUUGGAUUAGGGUUAGGGUUGUUUGUUGAUUGCCUUAAUACUUUUACUGCACCUGCAUGCUCCACUACUCUUGAAAUUCGCUAUCCCGGACCAGAUAUGCAGCUUCUUCUCAAGUCAGUGGACCCUGUUGAUGCUUGCAUUUAUGCGGAGAUAAGGACACGAAUUCCAGAAACCAUUUCAUGGGAUAAUUUUGAGACAACUGUCACGCUUCCUGUCAGUUUUACAGUAAAGUCUGCAGUGCUGAAGGAAGCCAUUGAUGAUCUUGAAUGGCCAGGUUCAAGCAUCCAGAUAAUGUUAAACCCUGUUCCACCUUCUGUUUCAUUUAGAAGUGAAGGCCAUGGUGAUUUACAGAUCGACUUGCAUUAUGAACGUACUGAUGUUUUAGUUGCAUUCCAGUGUGAUCACCAAGUUUCGCACAGGUAUAAGUACAAGUUCAUCCGUGCUACGACUUCAAACAUUCCGAGUAGUGUCUUGAAGGAUAAUAGAGGAAGCAAGUUGACUAUAGGGCGAGGUGGGAUACUAAAAAUUCAGCAUCUUGUCGCUUUAGUGAGACCAGGCGUCCAUCACCAUGUUGAUAUUGGUGGAUAUCAGACUCCUGCACGAGUUGCCUACAUAGAGUUUUAUGUCAAACCAGAGGAGGAAGACACGGUCAAUGGUUGAUAGCCAUCAUUGUGAGAGACCUUCACAGGAACAUUUGCUUGGGAUGUUACUUCUUGAACAUGGACGAUUGGUGCAGCAGCGAAACUUUAGGGAUUUGGUAUCAAUGUGUGAUUUGUGAGAAGCAGGAAAGAUUUAUUAUAUUGUAAGGGUAAAAAUUAUUUAUUGCUCAUUGUCGCUUUCUCGCACUAAACAAUAAUAACCAAAUAUGAUGCUACUCAAAUUAGGCACCUUCUGCCCUAUUCAUCUUAGAAAAGUUUGGGGGAUGGGCUUAUGUCCGUUUUGUUCCCUGUAGAAGAAAGUAUUUGGUUGGAUGAAAAUACAGAUUAAGAAGAAGCCUCAUUUAGGAAAACCCAAACAAGAAAACCAUAAAUAUGGGCCCCAAAUACCUGAAGAAAUAAGCUAAGAAGCUGUCCUUGGAUUAGAAAGGCUCUAUUCAGCAUCAAAAUGGACUGCAUUGCAUCUUGAGAGUGGUAUUCAGCUGAAAUUUUUAAGAAAAUUUAUUACAUCUGAAAUUCAAAUGAGUUUCUUAAAACCUUGAAUGGGUUUUCUGUCUGGUUCCCAGGUCAAGUGGUUGAACUGGACACUCUGGUCCUGUUUUCAAAGCCUUGCUAAUUAUCGGAUACAACUCCAUGCCUCAAACUGUAGAAAUUGCUAAUGUUGAACCUUGGACCAUGUUGUAGCUGAAACUUCCAUAAGCAUAGGGUGCCGUGUAAUGUUUGAUCGAUGUCAUUGCAUGGUUUCAGACUAGCAAACAUGACAAAUAACUUCUAUGCACAUAGAUGUUUUUUCUGAUCUCUG